AUGGUCCGGAUCAAUGCGUUCGCCGUGGAGCAAUGGAUGGACCUCUAUGAAACCAGUGCAAAGCACAACCUCGCCGAAACAUGCUGCGCAUCCAUCUCCCUCAACGAUCUGCUAGCUCUGUCCCCGAAAACCGACCUAGUAGACUACACGCAGAAGCAAGUCUACGGCGCGAUCCGGGGCUCCGAGGCGCUGAGGACCAACAUCGCGAACUUGUAUUCCGGGCCCGUCUCUGCUGAUCGAGUCCUCGUCACAAACGGUGCCAUCCAGGCUAAUUUCUUGGCGCUCUAUACUCAUGUCGGGCCGGAGGAUCAUGUUAUUUGUCAGUAUCCGACCUACCAGCAAUUGUAUUCUGUUCCCGAGUCUUUCGGAGCCGAGGUUAGUCUGUGGCGAUCGGAUGAGGCGAAUGGGUGGAAGAUGGACUUGGAGAAGUUGAGCUCGUUGAUUAGGCCAAACACGAAGAUGAUUAUUUUGAACAACCCCCAGAAUCCCACUGGCGCGAUUAUUCGUCGAGAGGAAUUGCAGGGGAUUGUGAAUAUCGCGCGUGAGCAUGGUCUCCUGAUUCAUUCUGAUGAGGUUUAUCGACCUUUGUUCCAUUCUCUUGACUGCGGCCAAGAGGUUCCUCCGUCUAUACUUGAAUUUGGGUAUGAGAAUGUCAUUGCAACGGGUUCCAUGUCCAAAGCUUUCAGCUUGGCUGGGAUCCGAUUGGGUUGGAUUGCUUCGCCGAAUCCUGAGAUUAUCGAAGCUUGUGCCUCUGCUCGUGAUUAUACUCUGAUCUCGGUUGGCCAAAUCGAUGAUAGCGUGGCAGCACAUGCCUUGUCCAGUCCAUGCGUGGAAAACCUGUUGCAGCGCAAUCUUCGCCUGUCUCAGCGGAACCUCGAAGUCCUUGAAGCAUUCAUCGAAGAUUACAACUGGGCUAUGAAGUGGACAAAGCCAAAGGCCGGAACGACUGCGUUCAUCAAAUUUGUCGACAGGGAAGGCAGGGCAAUCGACGAUGUCGUGUUCUGCCAGCGACUCCAGGAAAUGACCGGGGUAAUGCUGGUCCCUGGGAGCCAGUGCUUCGGGGGUGGGGUGGAUUUCCGCGGAUAUGUGAGAUUGGGCUAUGUCCAGGACAACCAGGUGAUAGUUGAUGGAUUGAACACUCUGAGACAGUUCAUGCGUGAUGAGUAUGAGAAGUUGCCGCUAGCUUGCUGA